AUGAGAAAACUUUAUUUAUUUUUAUUUUCUUUACUCAUAUAUAUUUUUUUAUUAAUAAAAUGCAGAGCGGAAUACCCUAUUAAUCCUGCAUAUUAUCCAGAUUUAUCACAUUGUGAGAAUGUAGGAAAAAAAAUCGAACCUCCCAGAAAAAGUAAAGCAUAUAUACUUAAGAAAAUUUUACAAGGUUUGGGGAUUGCUAUAUUAGUAAUGACAUCUGUAUCCUUAAUAAGUGAAAAUGUUGCUCUUCGUACCUUAAUAAAUGAAAGAGACAGAAAUGAAAGUCUUUUAGACUAUGCAGAAGAAAGGUGGAUACGAGAUAGGGAUGCACAUUCAAAGAAACUAGAUGAAUUAAAAUCAUUAGUAGAAAAAAUUGCUCAGAAUAGUCCUAAUAAGUAA